CUUCUCCUCCCACACCGCCGCCAGCAGGCAAAAUGGCUGGAAAUUUGGGAAGAGGAUAUGGAGGUCCUAGAUUCAAUCGUGGAGGUGAAGGAGGGUUUGCUAGAGGGAGAUUCAACUACAGUAACAGGGGGGUGGAUGGAAUGGAGAAGAUAUACUACAACUGACAGAUUUGGCAGUUUUGGAAGAGGAGGUGGUAGAUUUGGUGCUGGGAAUGAGGGUGGCAGAGGAGAUGAAGAUGAAGACGAAUUCGCCGCAGAAGGAAGGGAAGAAAAUCUGAUUUGGCAAGCUAAGACAGGAAAGAAAGAGGCAGUGGAAGAUAUGAUGGGGAGAGCAAAUGGUGAGGGAGACAGCUCUGGAAUGGAGAAAGGUAAGGAGAAAGAUACGAUGAUCCAGAAAGAGCAGAGUGCUCAGCAACAGCUACUGACCUCUCUGCUCUCUCAGUUAGUGCAAGGACUAAGAGGAGGGGAGAAAGAGAUGAUAGAAGGAGCGAUUGGAAAAUCUGUGGAGGUUCAGUCUGGUAGAGAUGGCAUGAGGAGAGAAGAGAAAACCAGAGAUCCCAUGCAGAAAGCUGACAAGAAAAGUGACCAAGAUCCAGUGAUGGAGAUGAAGAAACAGGGGGGAGAGGCAACUGGCAGUUGAAUUUAGAUGAGGGCAAAAAAGGAAUGGAGAGACUUAAUAAACAAGUCUGUGGUAAAUGCAAAGACCCAAGACACUCUACCAGAGAUUGUAGAGUAGGACACUACUUGAUAUGUGGAAGGGAGAACCAUAUCACUAGUGAAUGCAACUUGCUGAAGCAAAUGAAACCAGUCCCCAAAUAUGUUGGAUAUGCUGCCAAAGGGCUGGGGAUCCUAUUGGUUCAAAGCUACAAAGAUGUGCUUGUAGCUGAACACACAAAUCCCUUAGGUGUGGUGAUCAUCAGAGAAGGAAAUAUCAAUGAAACUGAACUCACAAAGGCUAUGGAAGAGAUGUUUUAUUGGGGAUGGCAGUGGAGAGUUAAGGAGUUUGGGGAAAAUGGUUUCAUGAUGAGAUUCCCCAAUAAGGCAAAACUGGUAGAGAUGGCUAAAUUUAAUGAUUUCAAUUUGCUGGGGACAGGGGUGGUCAUUAAGGUCCAACCUUGGUCCUUGGACCAUCAAGCAGUGGGGAAAAUGCAUACUGCCUGGGUUAAGCUGAGCAAGGUGCCUGACUGUUUUAGACACUUCUUGGGCAUUUGUGAAGUUUCUGCUGCAGUGGGGCCUGUGUUGGAAGUGGACAUGGAUACAGUUAAUGAAGAAAAAGUUAGGGUCAAAUGUGGAAUCAGAGAUGUGGAAAUAACUCCACCUCAAGUGGAAAUCGCUGCCCCUGAUCUACUCAUGUUCAGAAUUGGUGUAGAGGUGGAGAAGGUGGUGAAAAUUGGCUGGUAUAAAGAGGAUAAGAGGAAAAAUGAAAACACACAUAACCUAGAAGAUGGAGAUGGAGAAACAAAAGAUAGAAAGAGAUUCAGGGUAGAAGAUACUGAACAUAAAGGCAUUACACUGGGAUGUUUGUCUCCCAAACAAAGUGAGGAAGUAGAUGGAAAACUGGUCAAAAUGAAAGCACAAUUAGAAGAAAGCAUGAUGCAGUGGCAAGAUGAGAUGUAUGCUGAGAGAAGGAAGUGGCAAAAAGAAAGUGACAUCAUGUUCAACAACAUCAAGACCUUAGAAGAAGACAAAGCCAGACACAAUGCAUUGUGCGCUAAAGCUGAAUAAAGAAUUAAGGAUCUUGAGGGCAAUCAACAAGCAAUACAGAAAAAGAUCAAUCAACAGCAGGAAGAGAUCCAAAAGCUAAUACAAGAGGAUGUUGACAGGGAAAAUAUUAAAUGGAGCUGGCUAAUAUGGAUCUGGAAGAUUAUGAGAAGGAAACCCAACAAAAAAAGGGUGAAUCAGAGUCUGGAAAAUACAAUGAACCCACUGACUAUAAUGCCGGUCGGGAAUCAAUUGGGACCCUGGGUGAAAAAAAUGGUAGACUUACAUGGAGCUGAGGUUACAGAGAAGGAGGGAGAGGAGAAAGAAGUGGAGAUAAAAAGAAGCCUCGGGAACAAAGGAAAAGAAGACCAGAAAAUAGAAGAGAUGGCAAAAAUCAGAGCCGAAGAAAGAGAUAACUAUGAUAAAGGAGCCAUCAAGAAAAAUGCUGGAACUGGGUGCAAGAGUACUAGAACGGGCAACAAAUGAGGUGUACACAGCUGGGCAAGGGUGGCGGAUCAACGUGGCGAGGCUCCCUGGAUGAACGGCUGCGACAUUUCCAUGUUGUUGCUGCUGCUGUUCUUAGUCUUCUUGUGUCUAUUAGCUCUUAGUUGUUACUCCCUCCGUCCCAAAAUAAGUGACUCAAAAGUGAGUCAACUUUGUACUAGUUACUUUGUUGUCUCUCUUUUAUGGUUUGUGGAAGACUUGUUAUGUGCUGGGCCUUGCUGGUCCUUGAAGU